AUGGCAACAACAGUAGUGAGCGCAAAACUUGCUAGAGCCAGCAGAGUUAAUUCGAGCCGCCUUCGACCUCAUUCGCUGCUGGGGGUACUCAGGGGAUGCGAGUGUGACUUUAAUGGUGCUCCCGGAGCUCGGACUUUCCAAAUACUAUGUCGCCUCAAUAGCGGGCUCAGUCGGCCCACGCCGUCGAGGAACAAUGGUUCGAGAAACCAUCAGCAUCACGGUGCACUAGUUCAAACCAACACUAUUCUUUCAGGCGCACCAAAAUACUCGAGAAGUCAGCACACUGCCCCUGCGACAUCUCUCGAGAAGGAGCAUAACACCAAAACCUCUGAAGAUCUUUCUAACUCGGUCAAGCGACUUAUGCGACAUGUUCCCCAUCCAGUCGCUGUCAUUACCGCCACAGAUGUCUCAGUGAACCCAGAAGGAGGCUCCGAAGGAUGGCGUGGCGCGACUGUAUCGUCAUUCAACACCGUCACUCUCUCGCCAAAGCCGGUGGUAUCCUUCAACAUCCGGAAAAUUUCAUCCACCUUUGACGCAAUGCGAAGUUCCGGACUCUUCAAUGUUCACUUGCUCAGCGAAGCAAUCGAAGCAACCGAUAUAGCAAGCAAGUUUGCCAGUGGAAAUGCCUCAUCACCAUUCCAUGAUGAAGAAGGCGAGAUCGAAAGUUUUGCACAUCUAACCGAUCCAGCCAGGACAGCACCCUCAAGUAAAUUGCCCCCGAUUCUGCAAUCACGAGACGAGAAUGGCCAUUUGAUGGUCCCCUUUAGAUUGCACUGUCGAUAUAUGCCGGGCAAGGUUGUUGAAGUAGGGGAUCAUGUGGUCUUGUUUGGAGAAGUGCUGCAGAUCUUUCACGACGACAACGCUUUCCAUGGACAAGGUUCCAGUGCGCCCAAGCCGUGUCUUGUUUAUGUCAAUGGGAGGUAUGUCAGAGUGGAGAGCCACAGUAGUGGUAUUCCUUUUGUGCAGCGCCGUAAGUUUGCGACUGCGCCGAACUGA